UUCAUUGGGACUGUUGUUCUUGUAUCUCCAAGAAUUGAAGAGGAAGUCCAAGGUGUUUAUGGAAUGAAACGAAGUUUAACGAUGGAUGAACGUGAAAGCAGAGCAACUUCCAAAAAACCGAACAUUCCAAGAACGAAGUCAGAGCCUCCUUUGAAGGGAAGUGACAGGGUCAAAUCUAGAGAAGAGUUUUAUGGUGACCCAGACAAUGAAGAAUAUGGUAAAAUGUACUUAGAAAUGCCAAUCAAUGAGAAAAGAAAGUUGUACAGGUGUGGGAAAAAUUUUGAAAAAGCUGAUGAGCUAGUUGUUUGGCCUGCCAUUUGGCAGGUUCGGAAAGAACAUUUCAGGUUCAAAGGAAAGAUUCCAGCAUCUCAGGUUGUCUAUCCUGUCAACAAAUCAUUCAACAACAAAAUAGCAAUCAAGCAAGGUGACAUUACAACUCUUGAAAUUGAUGCUAUAGUCAAUGCGGCUAAUUCGUCUUUACUUGGUGGAGGAGGAGUUGAUGGGGCAAUCCACCGGGCUGCUGGAUCCUCCCUUCGUAAUGAGUGUAUUCCUCUAAAAGGCUGCAACACUGGUGAUGCAAAAAUAACUUCAGGUCAUCGCUUACCAGCAAGAUAUAUCAUACAUACUGUUGGCCCAGUUGGUAAACAGCCAGUAUUUCUUGAAAGAUGUUAUCAGAACUGUUUGGACAUGGCCCUAAAAUUCAACAUCAGAACAAUUGCCUUCCCUUGCAUUUCUACUGGGGUUUAUGGCUAUCCGUCAACCGAUGCAGCACAUGUGGCUUUGAAUACUGUUAGAAAAUGGUUGGAAGUGGACGACAAUGCUGACAAGGUGGACAAGGUAAUUUUCUGCAUAUUUUUAAAUAGUGAUUGGAACAUUUAUGGAGAGUAUCUGCAGUUUUACUUCCCUUGUGAAGAAAUCCUCCAAGAGGAAGAAAGAAACAAAUCGAAAGCCGAUACUAAUAAAGAGAGUGCACGAAAAGACAAAGAAGGAACCGAUGAUUUAGGAGAUGUACCAGAUGCAGAUUUAGACGAUCUUUUGGCAAUGGUCCAGGAAGAAAACAAGGAUAGGACACAGAAAGAUGAUGAAGCGUCAAAGCAAGUUGAAGCAGGUAAUGAGAAAAGAGAAAAAGAUAAAGGUGCUGGUUUGAAAAAGGAGGAGAAAAGACAGGAAACACGCAGCUCAAGAGAAGAUCACGGUGACAAGACUGUGCGAAAGGAUGAAGGCAAAGAGACUCUGGGUUCGGGGGUCGACAAGGAGGAUGAAAUGGAACAGCGUAUCCUAGUUGUUGAAAAAAAAGAAGAUGAGCAAAGCAAGGAUGUUGAUAAUGUGAACAUGAAUAAGGAUGUAGAGAAUCUGAAAUUAGAGGAAACCCGCGCUGAAAACGGCGGCAAAGACCAGUAAAUUUGAAUUGCUGCAAGAUGGAUAGCCGAGACACAUGUUGCUAUUUUAUUAUUAAUUUGUAGAAAUAUAGCUAGGUACAUCCCCGGGAAGAAGUGGGUAUGGGUGGUUUUAGAAACGGUGUCCUUUGCUAAAUUCAUCAGAAAAUAGUUUUAGAAAGAAAGAAUUAGAAAGAAAGAAUUCAAACAAUCUUUUGGUGGUACAAAACUUAAAAAUGGCUUUAAAAAAAGCAAACAUUUGAGUAUGCUAAAGCUUUACGUCUGACACUAUUCAGAGUAUGAAACGUCAGAACAUAGAUCGAAAACUCUACGCUAGGAAACAAAUCUACCCUGUUGUGGACCGAAAUAGGCGAAUCAGUAACGCGAUCAGAUGACUGUUGAGGUUGCCCGAUCUGUGCCGCUUGCCUAUUGAGAAUAUUACCAAUGGAAUCUUAAGGCGAAAACGAACUCCUUUUGUCUGCACAAAGCGGUUUUUCGUGCUUAUUAAAUAGAUUUCAAAACUAUAUGUUUGCUUUAGUAUACUGAAAUGUUUGCUUUUUUCAAAGCCAUUUUAAAGAAAGAAUUAUAAAUAAGGGACGGUACUCUGUCAAGAUGUUUGCCACAACAUUCGGAUGAGUUUGAGGAGGUUUAGUCUCUUUGCACUCUUCAGUCGUGUGUUCUUGCUUAAGCAGUACUUUUUGCAGUGCUUCAAGUUGUAUAAAAGAUCUAUCUAAUCUUUCACAAAUCGGUAACGCAAGUUAUUGUUGA